AUGUCGGGACUCGUACCUGCCGCAGAUUUGUGCCAUCCGGCGUCCGGCUUCCAUGUGUUUGCGAUCCGGCCUAGGUCCGUUGCUGGCGAAGCUGAAGACGCUCCCAGUGCAAACACGAAACAGUACAGCACUCGAAAAUCGCACCGAAAAUCUCGUUUCGGAUGCAAUCCAUGCAAGCGGAAACGAGUCAAGUGCGACGAGAAGCGACCUCUCUGCGGCCGCUGCCAGAGGACCAAGAAUCCUUGUGGCUACUCUGAUAACUGCUCCACCGGCCAAGCCGGCUUUGAGAGCAUCGACGCAGUGGAAGGGCCUGCCAUCAACUCCAACCGUGGAACUAACGCCAGCUCUCCACUUAUCGUCCCCCGAGCCCUCGAGAAGUCGAACAGGGACGUUAAUCUUUUGAAACACUACGACAGAAUCACGGGUCUUGGACAAGAUACAGUGACCUGCAGCGACAUCCUGGUGGGAUCCCAGGCCGGCAAGUAUCGUAUAAGCAUUUUAAGAUUAGCUCAAGAGCACUCCUACUUGCUGCAUGCCAUCCUCGCUGUGGCUGCCCUGCAUUUCAAUCACUACGAAGUCGAGGGCUAUCGGCUUGCCAAGUAUUCUCAUCUGCAGGUCGCCCUUUCCGACUUGCAAUUAGCCAUCAGUAAGCCCGUCUCGAAAGCUCAGGCCGAUGCUGUGCUGCUUACGUCGAUGAUGGUCAACAUGCAAUACUUCUCCUGGGUGGAGAGUGUCCUCCCAAGCGACUCGUGGGUCUUCAGCGAGGAACCCUCGCGUCUGAGCUGGCUUUCCAUGCAGAUGGGCCUGCUUCCUUUGGUCAACAGCACACGACAACACCAUGCUGAGAGCCUGCUCCUGCCAAUCUGGAUGUGCUCGGCGUACGAGGGCGACGAAACCCUGGGCCUGCCAUACGAGCUCGUCACCCUCUGCGGACUUUCCCGAGUAUCCACAGAAAUCGAACGUCAAGAAAACCCCUACUAUCACGCUCUCCAGCUGCUUGGUCCCCUUAUGGUGGAAGAGAAGGGUUCGCGAUCGAUGGUGAAGUAUGUGCGAUUCGUCAGCAGUCUGACGAAGCCGUUCUUCCUGCUCCUUGAGCAGAAUGAUCCUCCCGCACUGCUUAUUCUGGGUUACUGGUUUGGUCUGAUGUGCUAUGUCGACUUCUGGUGGGUGAUCAAGCGUGCCAAGCGAGACUGCACCGCCAUCUGCAUGUUUCUCGAUGUUAACGGAGAUGAUGCGGUUCGUUCUUUGCUUGAUUUCCCUGCCGCUGCCUGUGGAUAUCAGCUUGUUGGUGGACACUCGAUGACCACGGAUCGCGAUGAUUGUAAUGUCGAGAUGGCCCUCGUGAAGGGCAAUAAGCAGACACUCGUAUCUGGAUAG